GCGACAGGCGCCAGCCAAAUUCAGCCUUUUUGUCGACUUCGUGUGUACCUACCUAGGUAAUCAACACUGACAUUCAACCUUUGUUUUUCUCUCUUCGUAACUCCAGACACUCAAUGAUGCCAUUAGAAAACGAUGAGGCGCCAUCACACUCUGACGCCACCACUGACCCAAAUGCAGCUGGUAGGGAAUUCGCCCUGACCAUGUCCGAAGACGAACUAUACCAGCGGACUCGGGGGCUCUACGCUCCAUUCCUCGCCUACCCACCCGACCGCCCUAUGGUGUUUGUGAAGUUCGGUGGCCCUGCAAAGGAGGCCGAGGGCGAUAUGCAGAGGCUCGCCUUCGAAUACCUACGUCAAGAACGUCAGAGAGACCCCAGCUGCAACAUCCAUGUUCCCGAAGUCUUCAAGGUCUUCACCAAGGAUGGCGUCACCUUCAUCAUCAUGCAGCUUCUCCUGGCAGCCCAAGUUGGGGACUUCGCCAAAACAUUCGAUCCUCUGACCUGGGAGAGCAACCAGGCUCUCUACUACGGCAUGAUUGCUGAUGGAGUCCGUCUUCUGAGUCGCAUGCCUGUCCCGCCCGACGCCACUCCUGGCCCAUACACUACAUGUAGUGCCAAACGCCUCAUCAACCACAUGCUCUUCAAGGACCAGGAAGCCCCAGUUGUUUACGACACCGUUGAGGACUUGGAAAACCACUUGAACAGGGUUGCACAACGAGCAUAUCACGGUCCCAACCGACCCAAGCUCACUCUGGAGAAGGAACUUGUUUACUGCUACACCGACUUCAAUGGCGAGAACUUCAUGUUCACCACCGACCCCGAUGGCCGUCCUCGUCUCUACAUUGUUGACUUCCAGCACGCCUCAUUCUUACCGCUCAGCUUCCUUGCCUAUGCUGUCUUGACAAAUAAGCGCUGGUCCACAAGCAACUGGAUUGAGAAGGAGCUCGGCCCCUCUCUUCCGCGACAUAAUAUUGAGGUGAUGAAAAGAAUAUGCUAUAUAUUCCAGAUAAGUUGGACAGGAGUUGGCCUCAGAGAGGUAUAGAUGGUGCUAUGGUUAGUGGUCGGCCUAAGCGCCCCGCCUAUGUGAUCGGGUUAUGGUCUGGUUCGUACGUAUCUCGUUACCUACGGAGGUAGGGAGGAAUGCCACGCCCUAAUUACUUCCUGGUGUUGCAAUUCCGACAAGUGAAGCCGCUUCCUUUUUUCCUUGGUUUAGUUUUCAUUUAAUAGAGUGCGUUUAAUGGUGCCUCGAGCCUCCUCUACCACAU